UGAUGCAACAAAACGAAUAAAUACCCACCCACGCACCAUCUGCUAUAUAUUCAUAUAUUUGGUAUAUAAAUAUAUGUACAUACGCGUGCACAUAUUUAUUCUCAUGUCAGUACAUAUACAUACAUCAAGCACGAAUUAUAAUUUACUUUACUAAUAAAAGCGCUGCAGCACAGACCCUAGCGCCUGCCAUCGAUCGAUGCAGCGCCGAAUCRUUUAUAGGCUAAAAAUAAAAGCUAGCCGGCUGGCUGCAGCAUGUCAUCGACUGCUUGCCGACAGCAGMGUCUGCCGCUAGCUGCAACAUUGCUUUCUUUACAAUAGCCAAAUGGUGUGUUGACGAUGAUCUUGCUGAUUUYGCUAUAUAUACCGUUGGUUGAAUGUGUUGAACGCGUUCACACUCCAUAUCACGGCUAUAAAAUUUACUUUAAACAGUCGUCCGUUAUGCACCAACGUUGCAAUCGCUUAACGCAGCAAAUAAUCAGAAUUUCAGUUGUAUUGACUUGGUGCGGACGUUGCUGAAAACCCUUAUUUACAAGCAGAAUCAAGAUCGCAAGCUUUAUUUGUGUUUACAUACGAGCACAUUACAGUAAAAUAUAUUUUUUUUCGUGAAUCUGUAGUAAAUGAAAUAUUUGUAUUUAAAUACACGAAAGUAUUUUCGCUAUGCCACUGAGUGUUUCAUUCUAGGUGCAUAACGGUGUCAGGGACUCGCGUGKUAAGCAUACACACAGCCGAAAUGCCUUGAUGAGCAGUCACUGUCCGAACACUCGUCUCUGAAUUCGUAACGCAAACGCACGGUGACGAAAUGUUUCAAAAUCAACCGACUACAACAACAAUAUUUCGACGUUCGCAGUCAUUAUUUUCACCGCUUCAGUGAUAGAAUAGUUGACUUACGCUGCAUAUGUAUAUAUAGUACUGUAUAUUUAUGUUUAUUCAGAAAAUUCAUGGAUUUAUUUGUUCAAGUUUUUUCUGUGCAAAAAGUGCGAGAAAUAGCGUAAACAUUUGGCGCGUGUUUUAUAUCAAAACAAAACAACACGAGUUGGUAAUUUGGUGAAAAACGAAUUACUAUUCGUACUUGUAAAACCAAACAUACAUAAUAUCGACAGCACCAAUACAAACAAACUAACGGUAUGCAUAUUAGUUAGCGCCUAAAACAUUUAGUGCCAAUUAAUCGAUUAUCGUAAGGUAUUCCAAAUGUGACUGAGAAGCGCCAAAUUCAGUGAACUAGUGUAGAAUUCGUAAUAUUUAAAAAAUAACGGUGGUUCAAUGGCUCUUAUGUGUAUAUGUGUUUAUGAAUAAGCCAAAAAAUAAGUUAACGCUCAUGAUACACACCGAUUGGCACAAUUAUCUGGCACACAUUCGAUAGUAUAUAACGUAAUAAUGUCGAAGAGACCUCGAGGGAACAUACACAAGAUUCGAGAAUUCGAAUUGGAAAAGAUCCAUUUAGUCGAUGAAUUUGAUAUUUUACAAAUUGUGGGUGAAGGAUGGUUUGGAAAGAUAUUACUGGUCGAACAUCGUGGCUCUCAAACCGAAAUGGUAUUGAAAGCCGUGCCAAAACCCUAUGUCUCAAUACGUGACUUCUUUCGGGAAUUCCAUUAUGGACUGCAUCUGGGUAUACACAGAAAUAUAGUGACCACAUAUGACGUAGCCUUCGAGACGGCCGGUUUCUAUAUAUUCACACAAGAGUAUGCGCCACUAGGUGAUCUCACAUCAAAUAUGGCCGACACGGGUGUCGGUGAAGAGUACACAAAACGAGUGGCUAAACAAAUUGGCGCUGCGCUGGACUAUAUGCACUCAAAAGACAUUGUACAUCGGGAUGUGAAGCUGGAUAACGUGCUCAUAUAUCGUUCGGAUUUCACGCGCGUUAAGAUUUGUGAUUUCGGCGAAUCAUAUCAGGCGGGCACGAUUGUGGAGCGACGCAACGAAUGGUUACCUUACAGCCCACCGGAAGUAUUAGAAAUUAAACCGGAAGGCACCUACACAGCCGAACCCAGUCACGAUGUUUGGCAAUUCGGUAUUGUCAUCUUUGUCUGUCUAACUGGUUGUUUACCUUGGCAGAAGGCCGCCUCAGAUGAUCCGCGUUAUGUACGUUACUUGGCCUGGUUUGGCGCCAAUAUUCUGCCCAUGCGUCGUACACCGAAACUCUUUAAGUUGAUCACUUCACGCGCUCAGCGCAUGUUCAAGCGAUUCUUAGAUCCACGCGCCGAACGACGACCGAAGAAUUUAACAGAUUUAUCAAAGUUCCUUGAUGAUCGUUGGUUGACUAAAACAGCCGAAAAAGAAAUGGCCGAAUAUGAAACCGAUGAAUUAUGUCCAUCCAUGUAUUCCUUCCACAGCAGCCCCGAUGAAAAGCAUCGAUUGCUGCACACGCUGGCCAACUGUGGCUUAGAAACGAAUGUCGAUAGGCAAUCGAAGAAGAAUCGUAUCAAAGAUUGGAUCGAAGCUUCGGUCAUAACGGAAGAGGACGAAGAGGAACUGGAAGAUAACUCACCCUCCUCAUCAGUUUCUCGUGAACCGGUCGCUGGGCACAUAUCUUCCAUACGCCAUACUUUAGAGCAGACCAAAGCCAUCAACACCACACUUAAAGAUGCUGCACAAAAACAUUUCGAUCCGCGCACAGGUGCGCUCCAAGAAGGUCCCAGCGAAAUGGGCGGUAUCACGCAGACACAGCAAAAAUCGUACAACGCUUCCAACGGCAACAUAUCCACCAUGAAUCAUGGUGAUAGUCUUUGCGGAAGUCUAUUGACGUUGAGCUCGCGUCCAGAUCUACUAGAAAGUCACUUAGAAAUAUAUAAUUCUGAAUUAAAUUUAAAUCGUUUAGGAAACGGUGACACAGCAAAGGGGAAUUCCUCUGUGACCUUAACGGGACUUGCUAAUGCCUUUCAUUCACUCGCCUCCAUCACGUUGCCGAAGUCAGGCACUCCAGAUCGGCAACAGCAGCAGCAACAACAGCAGGCACAACAACAGCAAGAACAACAUCGACAACAACAACAACAACAACUGCAGCAACAACUUAGACAACAACAAUUCGCCACAUAUUAUAUGAAACAACAAGAAAAUGAUUCCUCAAUCAGGGAUAGCGCUUACGGUUCAGCCGAGGUCAGUGAGGGGCCGUCAAGAACAGUUAGCACUGCUUCAAUGAAACCACAAUACAAUGGAAAUUCCAACCAAUACAAUGGACAGCAAGCACAAUUUUCCAAUCAUGCACGUGCUAUGAGUCCCGAUGCACGCCAACGUCCGCCAGAAAGCCAGCAGAUAUAUAGAGGUGCGCGCACGGGCAGCUUGAAAGAUUCGGCGUACGACAGGAUAACAGUUACUAAUAACAACAGAAAUCGUAGAUAAAGUGUUUAAAGCUUGUAGAGAUAUCCAUUUAAAGGAAAGUGAUACCAUUGAUACAUACAUACAUAAAUAUGUCUAGUUUUAUAGUCCGCUCUUCGUCUUUACCAUUGUUAAAUUUCCCAUUUUUUAAACCUAAAUAUAAAGCCAUAAUAAAUACGUACAUACAUAUUA